CAGAUUGUCUGGCGCUGCCGGUUGGGUGAGCAAAGAUGGAUGACCUGGGAUGCCCGAGAUGUAAAACCACCAAAUACCGAAAUCCGUCCCUGAAGCUGAUGGUGAAUGUGUGCGGGCACACGCUAUGUGAAAGCUGCGUGGAGCUGCUGUUUGUCAGAGGUUCCGGCACCUGCCAGGAGUGUGGUACUGCACUAAGGAAAAACAACUUCAGAGUUCAGCUUUUUGAAGACCCUACUAUUGACAAAGAGGUUGAGAUUCGGAAAAGAGUUUUAAAAGUGUACAAUAAACGUGAGGAAGACUUCUCAUCACUGAGGGAUUACAAUGAUUUCUUGGAAGAAAUCGAAGAAAUAGUAUUUAACUUAACCAACAAUGUGGAUGUUGAUAACAUGAAGAGGAAAAUGGAAAUGUACCAAAAGGAAAACAAAGACACAAUCCAAAGAAACAAAGUCAAGCUGACCAGGGAACAGGAGGAGCUGGAAGAGACCCUGGAAGUUGAACGACAUGAGAACGAACAGAGGAGACUGUUCCUGCAGAAGGAAGAACAGCUGCAGCAGAUGAUGAAACGUAAAAACAAGCAAGAUCUUCUGGAUCAGCUGGAAACAUCACAUCUCCCGGCAUCUAUUCUCUUAGCUCAGCAUAAAGGCAGAUCCACACAGAUUGAGAUGCAGAUGGAGAAACCUAAAACCAUCAAAGCAGUUACUUUUUCCACUGGCAUCAAAAUAAAUCAGCAUAUUGCGUCUGUGCCAGUAGCAAAUUUGGAAGAAGCGUUGUAUGAAUACCAACCUAUCCACAUUGAAAACUAUGGUCCCCUUGUUCCCCAGAUAGAAAUACUUGGAAGACUUGGGUAAGUGGCAUUAAGCAUAUGU